AUGAGCUAUACCAGCAGCACGGGAGCAUUUGAAAAUAUUUCCAUCAAAUUCCUCAACAAGCUGGUGCUUUAUUCCGUAAUCUAUUUUAUCGGGUACUUUAGUUGUUCCAUGACAUGGAUUUUAGUACCUGCUUUGAUAGGCACUUUAUCAGAACGGUACAGAAUCAAGCAAAGGAAAAAGAGGCAUAUAACCAGAGAGGCAGCUGUUGGUAAUGAGAAAGAAGUGAUUUUAGAGAAUAUCGGGGAAUUACCGUCUUGGGUUGUUUUUCCGGACAUAGAGCGAGCCGAAUGGGUCAACAAAAUCGUGAAGCAGUUCUGGCCCUUCGUGAAUUUUUACGCGAGAGAUUUGGCGAAAAAUUACGUGGAAAUAAAGCUGAAGAAAAAUCUGGAAAAAUAUAGUCUCAAAGGAUUCCAUUUCGAACGGAUUAUCCUGGGCAGUACGCCCUGCAGAACAGGCGGAGUCGUGGUGUACGAUAAUGUAUCGAGAGAGGAAGUUAUAAUGGAUGUUGAUAUAUCAUACGCCGGUGAUUGCGAUAUAAAAUUCCGUCUAAGGGGUUUACUAGGAGGCAUAAAGAACUUUCAGUUAUACGGGAAACUUCGCAUAGUACUCAAGCCGCUCCUUCGACACUUCCCGCUCGUUGGAGGAGUACAAGUAUUCUUCCUCAACAAUCCUGAAGUAGAAUUCGAAUUGGAUGGAAUCGCUGGCAUUUUAGACAUACCAGGAAUCAACGAAUCUUUAAGAAAAUGCGUUUGUGAUACUAUCGCUUCUUUGAUGGUGUUACCAAAUAAAUUCCCAAUCAAAAUUUCCAAAGAUAUCAGCAGCGAACAGUUGAAUACACCAAAUCCAGCUGGUGUCCUGAGAGUGCACUGCAUAGAAGCCAGAGAUCUGCUCAAGAAGGACAUCACGUUCACUGGAAAGAGCAAAUCUGAUCCUUACGCGGUGUUGGUAGUGGGAGACCAGACUUUCAAAAGCGAAACUAUACCGUCUGAUGUCAAUCCGAAAUGGGAUUACUGGUGUGAGUUUGUAAUUUUGGAAUCUACUGGGCAGGAAUUGGUUAUUAGCGUUUGGGACGAGGAUCCUACUGAGGAUGAGUUUUUGGGGAGAGUGGCUGUGGAUAUUUCAACGCUUAUAAAAGCUGGACUUAGCGAUAUGUGGUUGGUACUGGAAGAUGUGAAACACGGUGAUAUCCAUUUAAGAACAUCCUGGUUGAAUCUAACUACAGAUUACGGCAAUUUAAAAGAGGCUUUAUACGAAAGCCAACAAUUGCAGCUAUCUCACAUGAGCUCGGCGCUGCUAAUAGUCUACGUAGACUCAGCUACCAAUCUAAGACAAGUGAGAGCUUCGACGAAACCGGAUCCCUACAUCCAGCUGCAGCUGGGCAGGCAGGUGAAGACCACGCACGCGGUCAUGCGCACGAUACACCCGGUGUGGGAGGACAGCUUCAUCUUCAUGGUGACCAACCCGGACUCGGAGUACCUCAACUUGAAAAUAUUCGACAACAAGACGGACGCCGAGCUGAACGACAUCAGCUACAACUUGAGCAGCAUUUGCGAGAAGGAGAACCUGGAGGUGGAGAAGGAGUCCUUGCGGUUGGAGUCGGGGAGGAGCGAGUGCAGAUUGAUUAUAUCGUUGCAUUUAAAGAUAUUCCACAAUGAGCAUUUUGAGGAGUUUUUGGAGAAGCGCCCCUCGUCGAGAUAUUCAUCUUCCAGUGAAAAUACAAUGGAAAAGGACCAUUCGGAUUCCGAAUCGAUGUCAAGUGAUAGCACAAAAUAUUCUAGUCAUAGCACACGUAGAAGCCAUUGCAACCUCAGGUCCAGCGAUUCUCUAUCGAGAAUUUCUCAAGACUCCUAUGGAGACAUCACUCUUACCAUGAGGUACAGCUUGCAAAGGCAAAGACUGAUAGUUGUUGUUCAUAGAGUCAGUAACCUAUGCUUCGAAGAUCCUACAGAAGACAAGGACAUUUACGUGAAACUCUAUUUACUGCCAGAGAGAUGCAAGGCAACGAAGCGUAAAACAAAGGUUAUCAAAAAUGUACGCGAACCGAUUUUCGACAAACGAUUCGAGUUUCUGGUUUCACAAGACGAGCUGAACAGUAAAAGGCUCGAAAUAUCCGUUAUAGAAGAAAAAGUGAUUAAAAAUGAAAUUUUAGGACAAUUAAUAAUCGAACUACGAAACAUCAGCCUCCCCUAUUCCGGAAGCUUCGAACUAACCGCCAGAAUCAAACGGGACUAA